AUGGUGAGCGAUGUCCUGUGUGGCGCCGCGUGUUACUGGUUGAGCGAUGAGCUGGCGCAGAGGAUGGAGGGGGCGACGGGGGGGGACGGGACGGCGACGGCGGCGGAGGGCGACGACGCGGACGACGCGUCGAGGUCGAUGGGGUUCGUCCGGGACGAUGGACGACGGAAACGGUACGUCAGUUUCGGUGCGCUGGAUGGGGGGACGUCGUACCUGUGGUACGAGUGGGUGGAUUGGGUGGUGGGAGACGACCCGAUGCGAAGCGAGCUGGCGACGGUUGGGGAGAAAGUGUUGAUCGACGCGGCGGUGUAUAAUCCGUUUUGGGCCGCCUUGUUCAUCGCGUACAUGGGCGUGGCGUCGAGGAAGACGGUGGAGGAGGUCAAGGGUGAUCUCGAUCGGGAUUGGUUGGAGCUGUUCAAGUCGAACGUCGUGUUUUGGGUGCCGAUGAACUUUAUCGUCUACGGCGUGUUCCCGCUCGAGACGCGCGUCUACGGCCUCUACACGCUCAACGUGCUGUUCGUGUGCACGCUUUCGCUCUUUGAGGAGCGUAAAGCGUCGCUCAGAAAGUCCGGGGAGACGUUGUCGCCGAUGGAUGUCGUCGCGCGGGUGCGGGAAGAGGCGAGUAAAUAA